AAGCAUAUAUCUACCAGCAAUAAAACCGGUCCAAGUUCAUUUCAGUUUAGAUUUACUUCCUAUGCAAUAGUAAAAUAAAAUCUAUGAAAUAUUCUUCUCGAGUGCUUCAUCUCAACUUACAUUUAACGGCAGAACCCUUUGAUUCUCCUUCCAGGAAGAUGCUUAAGAAAGUGAGGAAGAAAGACUUCUCAGCUCAAGAUUUCGUCGAUCAACUUUUAAGGGAGGGGGCCCAAGAGACAUGUGACGAGACAAACGAAAGCUUUGUUAGAAGUGAUAGGUUACCACCUUUUUAUGACGAACGUCUUUUCAGAAAGGGACAGGAGUUUUUCCACAAACAUGCAUUCUCGAUGUAUUCUGCCUGUUUAUACGGCCUAGUAGCGAUAUUAUCGAUACCGACCAUUUUGAGAAUUUUAAUUUUCACUAAACAGUCUAGCAGCGCCGUGACAGCCUACAAGAGAUACGUAGCCACAAUUUUCCACAUGACGAUUUGGUAUGACGAAGAUUUUAAACCCGGAUCUAAACUAUGGAAAUCUAUAAGUCAAGUACGGCACGUGCAUAAUUCAGCGAGCAAAAGAGGUAGUAAGGCUGGUGUUCACAGAAUCUUCCAGAAAGACAUGGCACUCACACAGUUUGGCUUCAUGGGGUUCCAGUUAUCCAGAAGCCAUCUAGUGGGUAUCCAUGACGCCUCAGAAGAAGAGUGGAAGUCGUUCCUGCAUGUGUGGAGAGUAGUGGGCUACUUGCUGGGAAUAAACGACAGAUUCAACCUCUGUAGCGGAUCUGUCCAGGAAACGAAGGAAAUCUGCGAACUCUUGAUCAGUCAAGCAUUCAAACCAGAAAUUCUAAAAAGAGACAAAGACUUCCUAUCCAUGGCCAGACAUGUCUGUUCGGGACUGUGGCCCGUGAGCCCGAUUUUAAACUUCAAAACUUCCCUAUGUUUCCUGCACGCAUUGGUCCAGGAAACGAACGGAUUCAAGGAAAUACCAGAACCGACUUUUUUUAAAUUGAGUUGGGGCUUGAAAUUAUCAUAUUAUUUCCAAAUGUAUGUAUUUCUGUAUUGGAUGAAGAAUCAUUAUUACCGACUGUAUAGAAAUUUCAUCCAAAAAUUUACGUUGUGGUUCUUUAAGGUAUUGCCGCUGUUGGCGUUUUAUAAGUUUGGAAUCGCUCAUUCUUAUGUCGAUAUUAAAGUAUGAGUUUCCAGUA